AUGGCUUUUCGGACGGGCUACAGGAGCAUCUUCGACAGUAGGAUGUUCUGCUCAUCUGUUAAGGGUUGUCCAUUUUCAGAGAAUCACUUCUCUGAAUAUUGUAGCAAUCUGUCUGAUAUCUCUGAUGGCCUAGUUCUAUCGUUUGGUGGCCCACCUCCUCCUCCUUCCAAACCAACCCACCAUCUCAUUCCGCUUCUCCCUCUCAAAAAAAAAAAAAUCCCAUUCCGCUUCGAGAAGCAGAGGAAUCCCGCACGCACAGCGCAUCGUCUCGCCUCCUCUCCUCGCCACCGGCAAGCCGCGCCUCCCGCCUCUCCAAUGGACGACGCGCCAUGGCGCGAACUCGACGCCGACGUCCUCCGACUCAUCCACAGCCACCUCCCGUGCCACGUCGACCGGCGCCGCAUGGGCCGAGUCUGCCGCAACUGGCGCGUCGCCGUCGCGCCGCAGCAGCCGCCGCCGCCGCCGCUCCCGUCGAUCCUCGUCCCGCGCGCCGACGUCGAGCCUUCCUUCGCGUGCGCCAUCGCCGGCUGCGCCACCCACGCCUUCCGCCUCCCGCUCCCGGCCGACGCGCGCGCCGCGCGCUACUUCGGCGCCUACGACGGCCGGUGGCUGUUCGUCGCGUUCGGCCAGACCAAGGACUACGCGCUCCUCAGCCUCCGCACCCACCACCGACUCCGCAUCCCCUACCCCUACGUGUCCUGGGCGACGGUGGCCGCGACCCUCUCUUCGCCGCCGGAAAACGAGGACUGCCUCGCCGCCGCCAUCUGCCACUACUGCCAGGAGACCGGCCCGCGAGUUCAUAGAUUCUGGCGCAUGGGGCAGCAUCAGGCUGCGUUGAAGAGGACGAGGAUUUCUGUUCCUACCAUCAUGAGCGCAACAAAUCUGGAGGAUGUCAUACACCACAGGGGAGCCUUCCAUUUCCUCACCGGAGAAGAAAACCUCCAUGUCUUUCCGGUGCCGGGCUUCCACGAAGACGGCAACGGCAACCUGGAGAUACCGCCCAUGGUGAUCCGUCGCUUCUCGCGUGGUGGUCGCGAUUACGACGGGAAGAAAGUCGUCGUGCGCUACCUGGUGGAGUCCGGGGGGUAUCUCCUCAUGGUGGUCAGGCUCGCUCCGUUUCCUCCUCUUCAAGCGCCGCCGCCGCCGAGGACGUCGGCGUUCAAGGUGUUCGAGAUGGUGGAGCCGCCGCCGCCGACGCCCAUCAACAGCAGCGAGGCCCAGUACUCGUGGAAGGAGCUGGAUUCGCUGGGUGGUCGAAUGCUGUUCGUCGCGCGAGGCUGCUCCAGAUCGUACGACGCGGGCGACUACCCGCGGGGGCUCGAGUUCACCGCCGGCGUCUACUUCCUGGACGACGGGAGGCUCUACGGCGAGGAGAGAGUGAUCGGGGCCGCCGCCGAGCGGCGCUACCCCUGCAGAGACAGCGGGAAAUGGCUGCCGCUGCCGGCGGCGGCGGCGGCUGGGCGUGUGGACAAGCUCUUGCCGGAGCAAGCCCCGUCGAACUACUCGCCGCCGGUUUGGAUUCUCCCGUGA